CAGCCCGGCAUGGGGACAGCAUCCAGGGUGCUCUGUGCCCUCCUCAUCCUCUGCACGCUGUGCUGGCACAGCCUGGCUCAGAGAGCUCCAGCCAUGCCAGACAAGUGCUGCUUCAACUUCCAGACCAGGAGGAUCAAGAGGGACAACGUGGUGGCCUGCUACCCCACCAGCCCCGAGUGCCCGCACCAGGCUGUGAUCUUCAGGGUGAGGAACGGGAAGGAGAUCUGCACGCAGGCCAGCAGGCCGUGGGUCAAGAGGUACCAGCAGAGCUUCCAAGUCAGCUCCUUCUCCAUCCCCAGCUAGGGGGGUGGCUGGGGACAGCCCUGUGGGGGACACCACACCGGCAGAGGGGACAUUUCUGGAUGGAGCAGCUCACGAGAGACAUCCUCCCCACCACCAUGACCCUCACCACAGGAGGAGGCCUUUUCCAGCCUCUUCCAGCCUUUUCCAGCCCACCAGGAUGGAGAGUUCAGACCCUCUGUGGUCCAUGGAGAGGCUGCAGCAGGCUGGGGGUGAAGGGAGAGCAGCUCCUCUGUUGUGUUUUGUCGACUCUGUCCAGAAUU